UCACAAUGACCUUUCUUUGUAACUGGAGUCGACCUAUGUGGACUAUUUGCCACAUCAUACCGCAUUCGAAACAAAGUGCCAUAUAAAACAUACAUGGCCGUGUUUAUAUGCUUUUCGUCAAAAGGCUUCUUCAGUCGCAUCUAUUGUGACAAUGCAACUAAUUUCGUCGGGACACGAUCUCAGCUCGAGGACUUUAGGCAGCAGUUGUUUGACGAAGUCAACACAUUAAAUGUGCAUAUAUUCAGCAGCAUCGUGGGAGGCCGCAGUGAAGUCCAUGAAGAUAUUGAUGAUCAAAAACUUGGGCCACACUGGGCUAACGUACGAGGAGCUUCAAACGAUUGCAAUCGAGGCGGAGGUCAUCUUAAACUCAAGACCAAUGGCACCCCUACGAGGCACUUAGCCAAGCGCACCUGCAAAUUGGGUCCUCUUUAAUGCCUGUACCGGAGCCUUCAAUUGACAAGAGCAGACCAUCCUAUCUUACGCAGCGCGUAAAGUACUUGAAGCAGCAGUU